UAACCAUUCGCCGAUCACUGUUCCCAUCAUUCCCACUUCUUUGGUCCAAGACAAGACAAGAAAAUCCUCUCUUUCUCUCUCACCCCCCAUACUUCACUCAAAAAGAGAGUAAGACCCAAAACCAGUAACAAUGGUGAAGGCGCUAAGCAAGAGAGGAGCAGCCAAAGAAGUAGAAGAACAAGGUCCCAACAACGUCAAUGAUGGAGCAGCAGAGUACGAGAAGCAAAGAGCGGAGAGAAUCAGAGAGAACAAGGAGAGAAUGCAGAAACUGGGCAUUCUCGAACUUUCCAAGAAGAUCAAUACUGCAAAUGCCCCUUCCAAGAAACCACCACCGAAACCCACUCCUCAAAGAGACCGCCAGCCAUUGUCAACUGACCCACCUCGCCGCUCUUUUAGGUUGAAGGAUAAGCCUCCAGUUAGUUACAAUGAACGUAGGACUCCCAACAAGGAGAAGAUAUCAAUAGAGGAUUUGGAGAUUAACAUAGCAGAAGGUGAAAACCCCGAAUUCUACACGGAGGAACAAGAAAAGCUUUUAGGUGAUUGCCAGAAUGCUUGGACUCUCUAUGUUGAUGGUUAUGAUGAAGACGGCCAGCGCAUAUAUGAUCCUGAUAACGGCAAGUCAUGCCAUCAGUGCAGGCAGAAAACUCUUGGUCAACACACUGAGUGCAGCAAGUGCAAGCUGGUUCAAGGACAGUUCUGUGGAGAUUGCCUGUGCAUGAGGUAUGGGGAGAAUGUCAUUGAAGCAAAUGAAAAUCCAAACUGGAUAUGCCCCGUCUGCCGAGGAAUCUGUAAUUGCAGUCGAUGCAGGCGCGAAAAGGGGUAUGCACCAACUGGUGCUAUUUAUAGAAAGGUAGUUCGUCUUGGUUACAAAUCUGUGGCACAUUACCUUGUGACAACGCGAUUGCUGAGUGACCAGGAAGACUUAAGAUCUGCGGAUUCACCUUCGGGAAAGAGUAUAGUGCCAUGCGCUGAGUUUGCAGAUACUCUUUCAACUUUUCAAACUGACGAUAACAAAGAUUUGAAGGGGGGAGAAUGUACAGAGACUGGCCAUGAUGAUGAAUAUUCCGAUCAAGAAGAGUCAGCAAGUGAAACAAUGAUAGAAAACAAGAAUGAUCUAUGCCUGACAGAGUGAAAAGGAACACACCCCUACAUGUAUAUCAGACUUGAUGCAGAAGCUUUAGAAAAUAUAAUAUCAACAAAAUGCUAAUUUUUGAUCUACAAGGGCUAGAAGUAGUAUGUCGCUAUUCCUCAGUCUAAUCAGCAGCUCGGUUAGAAGGAUUAACUUCUUUUUCCGCUUGUGUAUACCAUUGUAAGCUUCCCAAGGGAGAAAAAGGCUGUGUUUUCGUUAUAUGCAUCUUUUUAUUUAUUGCUA